AUGGAUCGACCCUCUGGUGUGUCUGGUUCCUCCGUGUGGCUGUGGCUGGACGGCCGCUGUCUGCUCCUCUUCACCGUGGUCCUCCUGGUGAUAGCGGAGUGUUUGAGGACCCGUCGGCCCAGCAGCUUUCCUCCAGGACCCUGGAACUUUCCUCUCGUAGGGAACAUCUUCUCCCUUGACUUCAGCAAUUUGCAUACAGACAUGACGAAGUUAGCAGAGAAGUAUGGGGAUGUGUACAGCCUGAAAAUGGGCCCCUCCUGGAUAGUGGUGUUGAAUGGCAUCGACGCACUGCAAGAGGGUCUCACCAAAGGAGACCACCUGGUUGACCGCCCAGCUUUUCCACUUCAUACUGAUGUGUUGCCCGAUCUAGGUAUUAUUUUUACGAAUGGACAUGUGUGGAAACAGCAGAGGCAAUUCGCCCUCCUCACUCUCAAAUACUUUGGCGUUGGCAAGAAAUCCCUUGAAUCUUCCAUACUGGAUGAAUUUAUGUACAUGUCCAAAGAAAUCACUGUUCACAAAGGCAAACCCAUCGAUCUACAUCUCACGAUGAACAACGCCGUCUCCAACAUCAUCUGCUCCCUGAUUUUUGGUCAUCGCUUUGAGUACGGUGAUGAGACAUUCAUGCGGUUGAUGAAGUUGUUUGUCAGAGGGCCCCAGCUCGAAGGCUCCAUCUGGGCUCAGCUGUACAACGCAUUUCCUGCGUUGAUGAGGCGUUUGCCGGGGCCACACCGCACCGUUCAAACACUUUAUGGGGAGAUAUUGGAUUUGAUGAAAACAGAAAUCAAUAAGCACAAGGAAGACUGGAACCCCUCCGAUCCCAGAGACUUCAUCGACUGUUACCUGAAUGAGAUUGAGAAGCAUCGGGACAAGAAGGAUGAAGAUGGUCGUUUUGAUGAGGACAAUCUGGCAAUGUGUUCGUUUGAUCUGUUCGGGGCUGGAUCUGAGACCACAGCCACCACCCUGCGCUGGGCUUUCCUCUACAUGGCAAAGUACCCUGAGAUCCAGGCAAAGGUCCAGGCUGAGAUAGACGGAGUGAUUGGACAGUCCAGACAGCCGUCCAUGGAAGAUCGUGCAAACCUGCCCUACACUGACGCUGUCAUACACGAGAUCCAGAGGAUGGGCAACGUAGUUCCUCUCAGCCUGCCUCAUGUCACCAUCAAGGAGGUCCAGCUGGGAGGCUACACAAUCCCAAAGGGAAUUACAGUAAUCCCCAAUCUGACCUCGGUGAUGUUCGACAAGAACGAGUGGGAGACGCCCAACACCUUCAACCCAGGACACUUUCUGAACGAGGAGGGCAAGUUUGUGAAGCCAGCUGCUUUCAUCCCUUUCUCUGCUGGUAAGCGGGUGUGUCUCGGGGAGAACCUGGCCAGGAUGGAGCUCUUCCUCUUCUUCACCUCCUUCAUGCAGCGCUUCACCUUCUCCAUGCCUCCGGGUGUGGAGGCUGUGCUGAAGCCCCGUUUUGGCGUCAUCCUUUCACCCAAACCCUUUGAAAUCUGUGCCACUUCACGUGAAGAGUGA